CUUGGCCGAGUGUUGUAAUGCAAUGCAAACAAUAAGGCGUCAACAAGCGAAUGGAUAACAUUACCUUGUAGUCAGCUGAUGUAAAGUCAGAAUGUCAAAGAUAAGCCUACAAAUUGUUAGCGUUUUGUGUAUUUUCUGCAUUCUUAAUGCUACUGUCUAUGGUGCUCAUUCAUUGUUGGCCUUUGCCACAUAUAUCAAAGGGCACACGCCUUUUCAUGAAUUCAGUGCUGUGCUGAUGCUGGAUGACAUUCAGGUUGGGUACUAUUCCUCCAAAGAACAAAAGCUUCUCUCAAGAGGACCCAUGAAUGAGGAAAUACUUGAGCCCAGUGACCAGAAAAAUGCCUUCACAGUAUUUACUAUGAUGCAUGAGCACAUGAGAGUUAGAACACAUAAACUGAUGCAUCACUAUAAUAGCACACAUGGGGUGCAGUUUCACCAGCGAAUAUUUGGCUGUGAUUUACAAGCCAGGAACAGACCAGGGAGAAUGGUGAGUAAGGAGUCUUUCAAUGGAGACAGUGGAGAUGAAAAGUACCUCAGCAUUCCUGACCAGACCCUUCAGACUGAAUUCAAAUGGCCGGGAGCCUGGGACACCCUCCAGUCGGAGAGUUUCAAAUGGGUCAUUGCAGACUUUUACCAGCCUAUCUGCAUCAAUGCACUUCAUACAUUUCUUGAGCAGAACAAAAGACGUGUGAGGAGAAAAGUCAAACCCAGAGUCAGGCUCUUCCAAAAGGCACUCCCAGACACUGGAGGGGCCAAAAUCACCUGUUUGGCCACUGGUUUCUACCCCCGUCACAUCAACCUGACCCUGCUCAGAGACGGCCAGUCUGUGUCUGAUCACCAGAUAACUGGGGGGGAGCUGCUACCUAAUGGUGAUGAGACGUACCAGAUGAGGAAGAGCCUGGAGGUCAGCGCAGAGGAACUGCAGCAGCACCGUUACACCUGCACAGCUGAACACCUAGGCCUAGACAAUAAGCUGGACAUACCUUUAGAUUAUGAGCCUUUUCCAGGCGGAAAAUAUAUUGUGAUAGUGGUGGUGGUGUUGCUUGCAUGUCUGAUUGGAUCCAUCGUCGCCCUACUCAUUUGUAGACGAAAAUGUAAAGUUGAGUUUUGUGAAAAUGUGACUAAAUCAGCUGUGAGCAUCUCUGAUUUCAGAUGGAGAACAGAGGAAGGAGCAGAAGGAAGGGGAAGAUGAAAGAACUCUUGUCAGGAGUCUGAGACAAGAGUCACAUUUAUUUUAAAGAUACUUUAUGCGCCAGUAUGUGUAUAAUAUAUAGGCUCACGCUACUCAUUUCAGUCACUUACGACUCCUGUUAUCAUACUGCAUUUUGGAAAUGCCGACCUCACAGUGCUCUGCAAGACAGCUGAGAAAUAAAUUCAUAUGCCAGAUAUCCAACUGGAUCAGACCAGCGCUAACCCAUUGAUUAUGACAUCUUCUAAUCAGGCGCUGUGAGCCUGCUCAAACUCUACGAGAAAUCAGAUGAAAAUUUAAUCCAUUUCUUAAGUUUGACGGUCCAACUGAUUCAGGGGUAAAAAUGUAUGAGAUGCCUUUAUCCCAAGCAGCAUACUGAGGAACCCUGUAGUGGUUCAGUGGAAUCACACCGAGGUCAAGCGCUUAGAAGGUGGCAACACUAAACACUGUACCACCGUGUGUGUGCAUGUGUGUAUUCACUCAAGCUGCUAUAAGGUUGGUAUAUAAAUCUGAUAUCAACAUAACUCGUUUAACACACCAUUAUAGAAGAAGCUUUGUCAAUCCAAGUGGCUAUAUCUACACCAAGUCUGAGAAGACAGUGACACUGCAGUGUAGCUUUAUCUAACCUUUUCAAUACUGCUGGUGCUCCCCAGUAUGAUCACUGUCAAACAAUAGCUGACACUGUCAAACAUCGAAGCUGCUCGCUAUCUAAACCAGUGGUUCUUAACUGGUCUGUCCUUGGAACCCACAAUUUCCCAUGCUCUAAGCAAUGUUACGCGGUUUCUAAGCUAAAAACCU